AUUACUCAAAUUAUUUUAUACCAAAUAGCUAUCAUUUCAAGAAUAAUUUUUAUACAAAUAAAACACCCCCUAGCUAUAGGAUUAAUAUUACUUAUUCAGUCAUUCUUUACGUGCUUAAUUACUGGUCUUAUAUUUAACUCAUUUUGAUACUCAUAUAUUUUAUUCUUAGUUUUUUUAGGAGGAUUAUUAAUUCUGUUUAUUUAUGUAACCUCUUUAGCGUCAAAUGAAAUAUUCACUUUUUCUAUAAAAAUUUCUAUAUUCGUCGUAACUAGUAUUUCAUUUAUUGUUUUUAUUAUACUACUUACUGACAACAACCUAGUUUCUUCUAUUUUCCCUAUAGACAACUUAUUUAAAUUUAAUACUCCCAUUAAUUUCACACCUACCAACAGACUGUCACUAAUAAACCUUUAUAAUUUCCCCACAAACAUAAUUACUAUUUUAUUAAUAAAUUAUUUACUACUUACCCUAAUUGCAGUAGUAAAAAUUACUAAUAUUUUUCACGGACCCCUACGUCCCAUAUUCUCUAACUAA